AUGUCAACAAAAAUAUUCAACUACGAUGAAGAUUUACCAUCAAUUGAUAAAUUAUCUCGGCAAACGGUAACAUCAGUAUUAUCAUGUGGACCACCAGUUGUUAAAAGUCCACAAGAUGCAGCAGAUAUUCUAUUUAAUAAACCAUUACGACAUUUAAGACCUCGAAUAAAUCAUGAAAUCCUUGAACAUGAAAUAACUGAAAAUGAAUUAGAUAUUGCUGCUAAUUUUGGACGAUUUCCUUAUCGUCCAAGUGAAUUAUUUCUUAAAUUAUUUCAUAAUGUUCUAUGUACAUUACGACGAGAUCCAUUAGCUGGUCGUGUUUCACCAAGUUUAAUAGGUUCAUCUGGUGUUAUACCAUUAACAAUUAUUUCUACAAUACCUGAUAUAAUGCAACAUUAUUAUCAUUGUAUUAUUCAUGCAAAAAAAGAAGUUUUAUUAGCAACAAAUUUUUGGGAAAAAAGUGAAAGUGUUAAUAUUAUUGGUAAAGCUUUAAGAGAUUUAAGUAAACGUGCUGGUGAUGAAAAUCGUCAAAUUAUUGUUAAAUUAAUGAUUGAUCAUCCAACAAAAGAAAAUAUAACACAUUUCCAUAAUAAACUACCACCAAGUAAAUGGUCAGAUUAUGAUAUUCCAUUACCUAACGAAAUUCCAAAUAUAUCUCUUGAAGUCAAUAAUUAUCAUCGAGUAAUUAUGGGAACAUUUCAUGCAAAAUUUAUGAUUGUCGAUCGACGAAUUGCUUUAUUAAAUAGUAAUAAUAUACAAGAUCGACCAAAUCUUGAAAUGAUGUCACAUUUUGAAGGUGAUAUUGUUAAUUCAUUUUAUGAUACUUAUCUAAUAUCAUGGUGGAUACCAUUUGAACCAAAUAUCGUUUGUUUGAAAGAUGAAGCACACGUGAUACAUCGUUUUAAAUUUGGAAUUAAUAAUUCAAAGAUUUUAUCGAUUAAACAACCAUUACGACAUGCUAUUGCAAGAGCACGUUUAAGACUUCAAUGUCAUUUAGAAACAGAAGAAUCUGAUGUUUAUCUUCAUGCACCUUUAGCAUCUGAAGAAGAUGAAAAUUUCAUAUUAACAUCUGAUGAAAGAAAAGCCAAUGGUAACGGAUUUUCAACAGUUGCUAUACAAGCAUUAGUUAAUCAUCGAAGAGCUCAUUCACCUAGUGUUCUUGUUAAAGCAACAAAUAAUCUUGCUGGAGCUGUUAUUGGAUAUGAUUUGACACCUCGUUCACAAUCACCACUUACUCAUCAUUUAAAUAAAUCAUCAAAAUCUGCUCAUGAAACAAGAUCCGAUGAAAAUUUAUCGAAUGAUGAAUUAGAAAAGUUAGCAUCUGAUUUUUCUCCAUUUAUUUUUCAUGAAGAACAUAAACCAAUUCCAAUAGCUUUAGUUAAUCGUUUACCACGUGGUACACCUGGACAUACAGAUACAGCUAAUCCACAAGAUGCUGCCUGGAUGGGAGCAUUUCGUUAUGCAAAAAAAUCAAUAUUUAUUCAAUCACCUACAUUAAAUGCUUCACCAGCUAUUGAAGGAAUUAUAAGUGCAUGUCGACGUGGAGUUAUUGUCACAUUAUGGCUUGAUUUAGGUUUUAAUGAUUUAGUUGAAGGAUUUGGAACAUUUCAAGGUGGUACAAAUGAAAGUGUUGUUAAAAAACUUUAUAAAAAAUUAAAAGAUGGAAAUGAUGGUUCAGAAAAUUAUCUUGAAGUAUUUUGGUAUACUGGAAAAGAUCAAGCACGUCCUCUUAAUUUCUCACAGAAAAAACGAAAUUGUCAUAUUAAAUUUAUGUCUAUCGAUGAUCAAGUGGCUAUAAUGGGUAAUGGUAAUAUGGAUACUCAAUCUUGGUUUCAUUCUCAAGAAAUAAAUGCAAUGGUUGACUCACCAGUUAUUGUCAAAGAAUGGAUGGAUGCUUUGUAUAAAAAUCAAUCAACACAUAAAUAUGGUCGAGUUGAUUUAGAUGGAAACUGGCGAGACGAUAAAGGAAAUUUAAAUCCAAACAAUGGCAGAUAA